CGCCAGUUUGACGCGAGAUUAUCGGCCGCCUGCACAGCAGCCUCGCGCGCGCGACAGUUCCGCAGUUGCGUAGCCGCCAGUGUACAGUGUUCAAGUUUUUCCCUUUGAUAAGGAAUCGUCAACUCGUCGCAGUUUCUUUUAUUAAGAACAAGAAACUCCGUCGAAAACUCCGACUCGAAAAAUCCAGGAUCGAGCGUCAUGCAGGCUCGCGUUCGAUAGGGUUGGCGAGGUUGCACACAGAGUGCCGCGACAUCAUCACGAAAUAUAGUUCACUUCGUACGAGUGCAAUUGUGGAACGAGGCGCAUUUACAGUGCUUUAGAUUUAUAUUCACGUGCUGUGAUUUAAAUAUUAGCCGCUUUAGAAAAUGAAUCAAAACGACGCCGCUGAACCAUCUGUUGAUUCGGUGCCACGCGCGGAAAGUUCAAUUGUUCGGGACUUGCCUGAAACUUCCUUCCCUUGGACCCAAUACUCUAGUUAUUACUUGGGUCCCGGAUUUUUGAAGCGUGCAAAUGGCGAGCGACUUCAUGAGAUUUUCGAGCAGUAUGCCACCGUCGUCGACAAGAACGGGGAGCGGUGUAUGACCUCGAACGACUUCGUACGAAGCUACCUUGGCCUUUACACCGAUGCAGCCUUUAAUCCAGAAUCCGUUGCCUUACUCGCCGGUAUCGUUGAUACCAACAAAGAUGGACUUAUCUCGUUUUCCGAAUUUCAAGACUUCGAGGGUUUGCUCUGCGUGCCGGACGCCCUUUAUAAAACAGCCUUCCAGUUAUUCGACGUUAACGGAAAUGGAGUGGUUACGUUUGACGAGUUCGCUGAGGUGAUGCACAAAACGGUCCUCAAUCAGAGGAUGCCCUUCAACAUGGACAGUAGUUUCAUCAAGCUGUACUUUGGCAAAGACAAGAAGAGGCUCAUCAGUUACGCCGAAUUCAGUCAGUUCCUUCACGAUUUCCACGAGGAGUACGCAUUAGAGGCCUUUAAAAAGUUCGAUAAAGAUGGAUCUGGUUUUAUAUCGGCGAUGGAUUUUCAAGAUAUCAUGCUCAGUAUCAAGAGUCAUCUGCUCACAAAAGAUGUCAAGGAUAAUCUCGUAGCCGCGUUAAAUUUAGGACAGCAUGGGAGAAAAGUUAGUUUUCCAUAUUUCAUGGCUUUCAAUUCAUUGCUUAAUAACAUGGAACUGAUUAAACGAAUUUACCUUAACGCCACCAACGGGCACAGGCAUCAGGAAGUUACGAAAGAGGAAUUUCUUCACUCUGCACAGAUGAUGUCUCAAAUAACUCCGCUGGAGGUCGACAUUCUUUUCCAUCUAUGCGACCUUCUGCAUCAUACUGGCGUGAACGAAGAGACAGAGCCAGCAUAUACGGGCUUAGGAAAAAUUGUUUACAACGACUUGGUAACAAUCACACCUGAACAGUAUUUCAAACAUAUUACGAAAAGGCUGGCAGAAAUUAAAGCAGUUUCGAGUCCAGAGGAGAGAGGUAUUGCAGUCCAAAUCAUGGAGAGUGGCUACCGUUUUGUACUAGGUUCAAUUGGUGGAGCUGUCGGCGCUACAGCUGUCUACCCGAUCGACUUGGUCAAAACGCGCAUGCAAAAUCAGCGUACCGGCUCAUUCAUCGGCGAGCUUAUGUAUAAAAACAGUUUCGACUGUUGUAAAAAGGUGAUCCGGCACGAAGGUUUCUUCGGACUUUACAGAGGCCUCGUGCCUCAGCUGAUGGGCGUCGCGCCCGAGAAAGCCAUCAAGCUCACAGUCAACGAUUUUGUGCGCGACAAGUUCAUGGAUAAAAAUGGUCAGCUUCCGCUUUGGUCUGAAAUAAUGUCCGGUGGGUGCGCCGGUGCUUCCCAAGUAGUUUUCACCAAUCCUCUCGAAAUCGUAAAAAUCAGAUUGCAAGUCGCCGGCGAGAUAGCCAGCGGCGAGAAGGUCCGAGCCUGGGCCGUCGUCAAAGAACUCGGACUCUUCGGUCUUUACAAAGGCGCAAGAGCGUGUCUUUUGAGAGAUGUACCAUUCAGCGCAAUUUAUUUUCCCAUGUAUGCCCAUACGAAAACGAAAUUCGCUGACGAGGGUGGAUAUAACACGCCGCUAUCGCUGCUCUGUGCCGGCGCAAUAGCCGGUGUACCGGCUGCUGCGCUUGUUACUCCAGCUGACGUCAUCAAAACCCGUUUACAGGUCGUAGCUAGGCAGGGUCAGACGACCUACAAUGGACUGAUGGACUGCGCGCAGAAAAUAUACAAGGAGGAGGGCGCAAGAGCAUUCUGGAAAGGAGCAACAGCUCGAGUAUUCAGAUCUUCGCCUCAAUUUGGUGUCACACUGUUCACCUACGAGCUGCUACAAAGACUGUUCUUUGUCGAUUUUGGAGGAUCGCGGCCAGCUGGCUCGGACAACAAAGUGCCUGCGACGGGAGUGGCUGACGACAUGCGAUCGACGAAUCCGGACCACAUAGGAGGCUAUCAAGUGGCUCUGCCGAUCUUCACUGGUAUCGAGAGCAAAUUUGGAUUGUACCUGCCGAGGUUCCAGGCGUCGAAGCCAUAACGCCGAUACUGGCGGCCUUUCCGCACUGAUUUGCAAAGCUAAAUGCCGCUGGAGCGCAAUGUUGUCAACGCUAUUUAAACACGAAGACAGGAUAAGACAAAUGUAAACAAGGGAACAUUCAUAUUAUACAUGCCAAUUGAACUAGAAUAAGCUCGCUAAAAAAAACCUUUAUCUCGUUGAAGUGACAGAAAAUUAGCCAAUUAACGCGAUUGUCGAUGUAUCGGUAAUUUGUCCUUUACAUCGCUUACUCGUCCUCAUUUUAAAUGUUUCACGAACUUUGCGAGAAAAUUCAGACUCUUCGCAUAGAUAGGUAUAAAAUAUGAAAUCUAAAUGGUAAACAUUUUAUUAUUGAAGAUUAUCUAAAACAGUCGUUACUACCCAAUUUGUACAUAAAUUAUGUUAUGAAAAAAUGUAAAAUAAAUGGAUGAUUCUACGUGUAAAAGUAUAUGUAGAAGAGAGAAAGAGCGAGAGUAAGAAAGAGAUAGAGAGAAAGAGAAAAAAGGAGUGAAUGAUAGACGAUGUUAAAUGUACAUGAAGGGAGAGAAAGAGAGGAAAAAAUGAGAAAUUAUUGCAAGAAUGAGUGAAACGUGUGAGGAUAUUGCACGUGAAGCAAAAAAAUCUAAAUAAUGAUUAAGACAAAGGGAGCGUUCCCAGUGUGCUAGUUGUAAAUGCUCCGAUCAAAAAGAUUUAUGUGCUCUGCACGCUGUUUUCUUUGCUUUAUGAAUCGAUAUAAAGUGCUUUUGUGUAAACAUAUUUUUAAACGUGCGAAAGCGGGUUCUUUCCUAUCUUGCCGCAGUUCGAACAUAUCGGACUUACACAAACGAUGUAUACGGCGUUUAACUAUUUUCUCAUGCAAAUCCGAUAGUUUUACAUUAUGUGGGUACUCUGGUCAAUGUUUACCCGCAAAUUACGUUGAAUAAAUUUUCAUGUGAUUACUACUGGAAUAUCCGUUUGUUAUGAGAUGAACAUUUGAUUGCUGGCACGAAUCCGGAAUGAAUACAAUUCAUCUUUUAUUAUUUUAAAAGUAAUAUAUCCGAGAUUCGUGAUCGGCGUUAUUUCGAAUUAAAAAA